AAAUGUGGUUCGCACAUAGUGCGUUAGUUUCUAACGAAUAUACAAAUGUCAAUUCUCAUUCACAAGUAAUGUUUAUUGUUGAUAUAGUGUCCGAAAAACAUGAUUGGAUUCUUGUGGCUCGCAAAAACAAG